CGUGAAAUCACGCAUGCUUCCAUUUGCCCACAGUUGAAAGGUCGAUUUGAAGAUGGCAGAGUCAUUGAUUUGUAACAACACCCAAAGCAGGGUGAGUUCUGUGCUGAACAGAGAUGUCAAACAGUUCGGAAAGAAGUUCAUGUUUGAUUCUAAUGAGGAGACGUGCUGGAAUUCUGAUCAGGGUGAAUCCCAGUGGGUUGCCUUGGAGUUUCCACAGCCUGUGAAAGUGUCAGAGCUCAGGCUACAGUUUCAAGGAGGGUUUUCAGGGAAAUCUUGCAAAUUAGAAGGUUCUGCCAAAGAAGAGGAUCUCAAACAUAUUGUAGACUUCUAUCCAGAGGACAACAACUGUCUACAAAGUUUUCCCAUUCAAGAUGCCCCUUCGGUUCAGAGGCUGAAAAUAGUAUUUGAAAACAGUGCUGACUUUUUUGGAAGAAUAAUUGUGUACACACUGGACAUCCUGGGGGAAAAGAUUUCAUAAUGUUUUGAGAAAAGGACAAAGAGGAAAUAUGAAGAGGCGGGAAUGCCAACCAACUUUUUUUUUCUCUUGGUUUCACCUCUGGAUGUGGAAUUUACUCCCACCUACUCACAGGAAAAGCAUAAACCGAUGUUACUGUUGAUCUUAUUUCCUUCACAGAGACUCUGGAUUACAUCCACAUGUCAUUUCAACUCAUCACACAUGAACUGCAUGUUUGUAAAAGUGUUUUUAUUAAAAAAAGAUACAAAAGCAGAUUGUUCUUAACAUCU